AUGGAGUCUGGUAGUACGGUCGAAUCGUCGCCGAGGCUUUUCGACAACGACUCCGUUUUACCGACGAAUAUGCAGGAAUCCAACCAAGAAACUGUUAGUUGGCCUCAAGUAUGUCAGAUCAUCAUUGGCCUCACAGGUUUGUUCGGAAACCUAACAUGUGUUGUCCUUCUUUGUCGUCGUUCCGUCCGAAACAACACCAAUCUCCUCAUCGUCAACCAAGCCGUGGUCGACGGCGUUGCAUCCACCCUGCUCAUGGCUGCCACCACGGCCGACAUCGGGGGUAUACGGACAUCGGUGAAGGCUCCAGUAGCGGAAAUUCUCUAUUGCUACUUUUGGAACUCAUUGGUGAUUGUCUUUGGAUGUUUCGCUGUGUCAACCUUCAACAUGGUGGCUUUGUCGAUAGAGCGUUAUCUUGCAGUGGUUCACCCAAUCUGGUAUUCAAGGAACUUUAAGAAGCGACUUUUAGGCUUGUUCAUAGCUUCUGUUUGGGUACUCGGUCCCGCCUUUCAAGUCUUAAAUGUAAUUUUUCACUAUGAAGCUACUGCUGACCACCAAUGUCGGUUUGUCGCCAAGCACAAAGUGAUUCUUGUUAUGCUAUUCAUCUGGGAGUACUUUUUCCCCGUCUGCGUCAUGACCUAUUCCUUUGCAGCCAUCAUCGUAAAAUUUAGGAAGCUGAAUAAAGUGGCAAUAGAACGAGGGACGGGGCAGCUCCACCUCCCCACAAUCUUGCAGAUCCCCAAGACUUCUGUAGCAGAGAGUUCAUCAGCAGCCCAUGACUCUGUAGGCACUAGCCAUGAGACCGCUGAAGUGUAUAGAGUCAAAGGAAUUGGUGAUAGUCCAAAAUCAGGUGGUGCAGAGAUGAAAAGUUCACAGUUACAAGUUCCGAAUGCAGAUUGCAAAAUGCCUCAGGAACAGCUCCCAUCGGACAAGGAAUCAGGAAGAUCAACAGGGAUGAAUAUCGCCCUCAGAGAGCGAGUUAAACCACACCAAGUAGCUGCUAGAGCAAAUCUUCAGAGACGCAAUACAACCAGAGUUCUCCUCUUCAUGUAUCUUCUCUAUCUCUUCUGCUGGUCUCCGAAUCAGUGGGCGUUCCUUUCCUAUACUCUUGGAGUAAAAAUCAAUUUCUUAUCAAAUUGGUAUAUGUUUCUUAUAUUCUUGGCUACUAUGAAUUCUUGCGUCAAUCCGUUCUUAUUUGCCCUUCGAUUGAAAGUGUACAGGCAGGAGUUAAAUGCGAUGUGCAGAAGAUGUUUCACGUUCCGUUGA